UUUCAUUUAGUAUUCGUAAACGGUAAUAAUAAUCUCGCGUUCACCUACGUCUAUCGAGAUGAAGUUCGCUGUUGCAAUUGUUUGUUUGGUUGUGGUGGCUGUCGCAAGGGCUAGCCUGACGGAGGAACAAAUCCAGAAACUGAAAGGAUACCACAAGGAUUGUGCCGCUGAAACCGGCGUCGACACAGAGCUGGUCACCAAAGCGAGGAAAGGGGAGUUCUCCGAAGACCCCAAAUUCAAAGACCAUCUCUUUUGCGUGGCCAAGAAGAUCGGCUUCAUGACUGCCGAUGGAGAGAUCCACAGAGAUGUAUUGAAGGAGAAACUAGGCUCGGCCAUCAACGACGACGCCGCUGCUCAGAAGCUCAUCGACGAAUGCGCUGUGAAGAAGGAUACCCCUCAAGCUACAGCCUUCGACACGAUUCAGUGUUACUAUGUGAAAACCCCAACUCAUAUUAGUAUUGUUUAAUCUGUGAUUUCGUUAAAUUUUUUCUUUGUGGUUAAUAAAAUCUUAUUUAAGAA